UUUUUGUUUUUUUUGUUUUUUGUUUGGUUUUGGUCUGGUUAUGUUUUAAAGUAAUUUCUUAAGACCAAGGGCUUAUGAGAAGAAAUGAUGUAGCCAGAAUCACAACGCUCUUGCAGGGUGUGGGGGGACAGGGUACCAGCGUCUUGCGCCUCCUUUCAAGGGAAUCCACACCUUCCAAAGCCUGUUGAAGCCCUCAGCUGGCUUCCUAAGCCCACUGUGUGUUUGGGGUUAUUGUUUUGAGUGUAUUCAACCUUUCCUCAGAUGUCACUGAACUGUGCUUUGACUGGCCUUCAGGGCAUUGACCCGUCAGCAAAUAGAUAAUGUUUUAGAAAAAGCUUGAAUUCUGUUCAGUGUUUAGCAAUGAUGAAAACUGAAGUUGGAAAAGGUUGUAAAACCUUUGACUCUCCACGGUAGAGUCUGUUGUUUUCCUGGCUUCCUCAAGUCCUCGCUCACAGGGCUAUUGGCUGCAGAUUGCAAUUACCAUGUCUGACUCAGUAAUUCUUCGCAGUGUGAAGAAAUUUGGAGAGGAGAAUUAUGGUUUUGAGUCAGACAGAUUAUAUAACAAUGAUAAGAAUUCAAGGUUACAAGAUGAGAAAAAAGGUGACAGCACUCAAGUUAGCUUCUUUCAACUGUUUCGAUUUUCUUCAACGACUGACAUUUGGCUGAUGUUUGUGGGAAGUUUAUGUGCAUUUCUCCAUGGACUAUCCCAUCCAGUCCUGCUCCUCAUUUUUGGCACAAUGACAGAUAUUUUUAUUGACUAUGACACUGAAUUACAAGAACUCAAGAUCCCUGGAAAAGCAUGUGUAAACAACACCAUAGUAUGGAUCAACAGCUCCCUUAACCAGAAUAUGACAAAUGGAACGCGUUGUGGGUUGCUGGACAUUGAAAGUGAAAUGAUCAAAUUUGCCAGUUACUAUGCUGGAAUCGCUUUGUCAGUACUCAUCACAGGAUAUAUUCAAAUAUGCUUUUGGGUGAUUGCUGCAGCUCAUCAGAUACAGAAUAUGAGGCAAAUUUCCUUUAGGAAAAUAAUGCGAAUGGAAAUGGGAUGGUUUGACUGCAAUUCCGUGGGAGAGCUGAACACAAGACUUUCCGAUGAUAUUAAUAAAGUCAAUGAUGCCAUUGCUGACCAAGUGGCCAUUUUCAUUCAGCGCAUGACCACAAGCAUCAGUGGGUUCCUGUUGGGAUUUUACCAGGGUUGGAAACUGACCUUGGUUAUUAUCUCUGUCAGCCCUCUUAUUGGGAUUGGAGCAGGCAUCAUUGGUCUGAGUUUGUCCAAGUUUACUGACUAUGAAUUGAAGGCCUAUGCCAAAGCAGGGUCAGUGGCUGAUGAAGUCAUCUCAUCUAUUCGAACAGUGGCUGCUUUUGGUGGUGAGAAAAAAGAGGUUGAAAGAUAUGAGAAAAAUCUUGUGUUUGCCCAGCGUUGGGGAAUUAGAAAAGGGAUAGUGAUGGGAUUCUUUACUGGAUUCAUGUGGUGUCUCAUCUUCUUCUGCUAUGCACUGGCCUUCUGGUAUGGCUCCAAACUUGUCCUCGAUGAUGAAGAAUAUACGGCAGGAACGCUCAUCCAGAUUUUCCUCGGUAUCAUAGUAGGAGCUUUAAAUCUUGGCAAUGCAUCUUCUUGUUUGGAAGCCUUUGCAACUGGGCGUGCAGCAGCCACCAGCAUUUUUCAGACAAUAGACCGGAAACCCAUCAUUGACUGCAUGUCAGAGGAUGGUUACAAGUUGGAUCGAAUUAAGGGUGAAAUUGAAUUCCAUAAUGUGACCUUCCAUUAUCCUUCCAGACCAGAGGUGAAGAUUUUGAAUAACCUCAACAUGGUCAUUAAAUCAGGGGAAAUGACAGCUGUGGUAGGAUCCAGUGGAGCUGGGAAAAGCACAGCAAUACAGCUCAUUCAGCGUUUCUAUGACCCCAGUGAAGGCAUGGUGACUUUGGAUGGCCAUGAUAUCCGCUCUCUUAACAUUCAGUGGCUUAGAGCUCAGAUUGGGAUAGUGGAGCAAGAGCCCGUUCUGUUCUCCACCACCAUUGCAGAGAAUAUUCGCUACGGCAGAGAAGAUGCAACGAUGGAAGAUAUAGUUCUAGCUGCCAAGGCAGCCAAUGCCUACAACUUCAUCAUGGACCUGCCACAGCAAUUUGACACUCUUGUUGGAGAAGGAGGAGGCCAGAUGAGCGGUGGCCAGAAACAAAGAGUGGCCAUUGCCAGAGCCCUUGUCCGAAACCCUAAGAUCCUGCUCUUGGACAUGGCCACCUCGGCGCUGGACAAUGAGAGUGAAGCCAUGGUACAAGAGGCACUGAGUAAGAUUCGGCACGGACAUACAAUCGUUUCAGUUGCUCAUCGCCUAUCUACAAUCAGAGCUGCAGAUGUCAUUAUUGGUUUUGAACAUGGUACAGCUGUGGAAAGAGGCACCCAUGAAGAAUUGAUGGAAAGGAAAGGCGUUUACUUCACUCUAGUGACUUUGCAAAGUCAAGGCGAUCAAGCUGCUAACGGAGAGGGCAUAAAAAGCGAGUACGAAACUGAAGACGGCUCAUUUGGUGGCAGACAGACCUUUAGCAGAGAGAGCUACCAGGCUAGUUUAAGAGCUUCAAUCCGGCAACGCUCCAAGUCUCAGCUUUCUUACCUGGUACCUGAACCUCCAUUAGCUGUUGUAGAUCAUAAGUCUACUUAUGAAGAAGACAGAAAGGACAAGGAUAUUCCUGUGGAAGAAGAAAUUGAACCUGCCCCAGUUCAGAGGAUUCUGAGAUUCAAUGCUCCAGAAUGGCCCUACAUGCUGGUAGGGGCUGUGGGCGCCUCUGUCAAUGGUUCAGUCACACCUCUCUAUGCCUUUUUAUUCAGCCAGAUUCUUGGGAAGACAAGAAGGUGAAGCUGAACACUCUCAUUUGGGCUGGCAGGAUGCUCAUCCAGGCAUCAUGUCUGCGAAAAACUGCACUAUGGCUGCAAAUUUAGUGUUAGAAGAGGGCAAUUUCCCUAUAUGUAAACAAAAUCAGAAUGCAAAGCAGGUUCGUCGAAUAGUACAAAAGGAUUUUAGGGCCGUUUUGAUCUUGCUGAACAGCUGAGGUGCAGAGUUUGGCUUAUAAAAGCAGGUGUUAGUGCAUGUGUAAUUCUCUUCUCUGCUGAUUGCACCAUUGAAAUGGCAAGGUUGGGGAGGAAAGAGGAAAAGGAGGAGAGAAGUACAAUAAGGCACGGAUAAAGAAUGAGCUUAUUCCAAUUUUCACUUCCUUAGGAGUUUUUGUAUUCUCCAUCUGACUUUGUUGCUACAAUAAAAAUUAACAAUAAUUACAAAUAUUAAUUUACACUAAGCACAUUAUAUAUAAUAGUUUACUAAAUUUUCCUAGUUAACCAUCUGAGGUAGGGAUUCUUAUUGUUCCUGUUUUAGCAAAAAAGCAAAUCAAGUUAUACAGAAUUUAGGAUAGCAAGUAAUGGAUCUGGGGUUCAAAUCUGCAGAACCUGGAGAGCCAGGUUCUAACAAAACUUUAUCAUUGCAAAAUUAGUUAUCAAAACGCUGCCAAGUUUCCUUAGUUGAAAUUUACGCCACCCCCCACAAAUCCCGUGAGAUCAACAAGGAGGCAAACCUAGAAUCUAGAUAACUUUUUAAAUUUGUUUAUGGUGAAGUAGGAAUUAAUUAGGUGGUAGGACCAUGAGUAGGAGGCACCUUUUCCAAAGCCUAGCCUCAAGGAUUUGCCAGUAUACCACACAGCCAGAGCUUACUAAGAGUCCUGAGUUUUUCUUUUCCCCCACUAGUCUCUCUUUUGCGGCUUCUCUGGGAGGUCCCGACCAGAAAAAUGUCCCCACAGGCAUGGAUCAUACAGAAAGACCCAGAGAGUCCAUAAACAAAAUCAAGUCAUUUGUGCAGGGAGGGCCUCAGUCGCUCUUUUAAUUUUUAUACUGCCCCCUUGUGGGAAGUGAGGAAAUCAUGUUAAUUUCAGAGAAGUAGGAAACUGGAAACCGAGAACUUCAACUCUGGUAAAUUGAAUUUCUGGUUAUGUAAAACCCUUUAUGAUGAAAAUCCUUUAAAUAAUUUAUCAUCCUUCAUGUCUGGUAAGUACAAUAUUUUAAAUGCAACAUAAAUGUUCUUUUUUGACUCAACAGAUGUUUGUUGAUCAUCUUCCACAGACACUAUGCUAGAAAUUUGGGAUUGCAGUAUCAGUCAUGGUGCCUUCUCUAAUAGAGUUUCUAGUCUAUGAGGAAGACAGACAUUAAACACAAAAAUCUAUUCAUAAUUCAACAAAUAUGUAUUAAUCAUUUAUGGUUUGCCAGACAUUAUUGCUGGGCUUGAGGAUAGACGGAGGAACAAGAAAACCAAAGCCCUUCCCUUCUCUCAUAAAGCUGACAUUCUAGUAGGGAAAGGCUCUCGAAAUGCAUCUCAGAGUAGUGAUGAGGUGCAGAGGGUGUGGUGGGUAGGGUUGAAUCUGUAAAGACAAUUGCCCUAGAUGUUUGCUUUUUAAAAUAAAUCCAGAAUAACAGCUUCUUUGCUGAUUCUCACUUUCUUAAAAAACAGAGUAAAGACUGUACUGAGCUUCACCCAAACCCUGUAUAUGAGCUCCUGUGGAAAGAGCCCUGGAUUCCUAACCCAGAGAUCUUUUUUUUUCUGAAACUGGCUCUUCUAGUUACUUAUCAAGCACUGUAUGCCCUGGGGUCAUGCCAUGCCAUUUCUCUGGGCCUUAGGUUCCUCAACCACAAAAGGAAGGAUUGACAAAAAUGGUUUCUAAGAUAACUGCCAGUUCCAAGAGUCUAUGAAACGGCCAGGUCAGAUAAAACCUGACGAUUCAGCUGUAACACCUGCUCUCUAGAGCAGCUUCCAGUUGUUGGUAGUGACAAUCGUUAUGUGAUUCUUCUGUUCACAACCAGAAAUCCUAGGAAAAACUUGGCUUGAGCAAUAAGGCUUUUCACUUAAGGGCUGCAGUUACCAGAGUAACAGGAUCUGGUUGGUGGAAUCCAAAGUUUGCUCUUGUUUAAUGUUCUCACCGGGUUGUAUUUUCUAAGAGAAUGAUGCUGAACAAAGUACUAUUUUUCCUCUCUGAUGAAGGAGAUCAUUCUGUUUGUCUCUUGCAUAAUUAUCACAUUCAUCAGUAGAUUCAUGAUACUUUCAUCUCAUAGGAUAUAAUCAUGAGUCAGAUAAUAGUCUGUUUGUAAUUGCGCUGUUUUCAUUCUGACAUACCUAAAGGGCACAAUACUAACAUUUGGUGUAUUGAGACCACAGUUUGGAACACAGACCCAGCAAACGAUUGGACACUAUUAGGAUCCUGGUCUCUAAUCUAGUGAUGCAUCAAUACACACAUAAAACAUAAUGUAUCUGAUUCACUUUCCAUGGGUCUAUUUGACUUGGAAAGUGUGCAUGUGUUCCAAGCACAGCAAUGUGGACGUAGCAUGCUGGGAAAAAGCACGAGUUUUGGAGUCAGUCAGCCCUGGAUUCGUAUUAAGUCUCUGCUCUGUAUUCUCUGUGUACAUUUAGGCAAGUGGCUUUUCCUUGAUGAGUCUUAGUUUCCUCAUCUGUAAUUUGGGACAAGAAAAUCUACCUCACUGGGUUGUUUUAAGAAGCCUAAUUUAAGGAAAUCUUCACUGAAGUUAAAGUAGGUUAAGUUACACAUUUGGCACCUGGUAAAUAGCAAGAGUUUAAUGAAUAUCUGUUUUCUCCUUAAACAAACUCACCAUUAUAAAAAUGGCACAGAUGUAUUAUAAAGGAGCCUACGGAUAGGUAGCCUUUUGGGUUGAUUUCAACAAGAACAAAACUCAACAACAAAGAACUCAUGGAGUAGAAUUUUGUGAAAAGAAGUUAUGGAUAGCGAGAUGCCCACUCUUGAACUGGACACUUGUAUGGAUUUAACAUCAGCCAAACACUCUUUUUUUAACCCAGACAAGAUGAGUCAUGCCAAGAGCCAAGAGAGCUGGCAAGAAGAAAAUCACUGGAAUCUGAAAAAACAGGCCUUUCCCUACCUAAUAAUAACCACUAGCUAAAUGAACUUGGACAGAAGUUUUGAUGUUUGGGGCUCUGGUUUACCAUCUCUAGAAUAAGAGUUAAACUGGCUAAUCUGCACUUCUAUAGUCCUUUUGUCCAUGAUUAUAAUAGGUGACAUGAGGAAGGAAUGGAAAUGUGGCAUCACUGUUUGGGGUUUGGGGGAUGUGUAUAAUGAUUUUAAAAACCAAACUGCAACAUGUCUUUAAACCCCUAAAUUUAUAAACUCUGUAAAGUAAACAUAUGAGUUAUUCAAUGCUGGGGAGAAAGACCUUGGAAUCUUCCAAUCCCACUUCCACCUGUAUUAAGAACCAUGAAGACCCUAGAAAUUAUCCUAGAAACAGUAGAUUUUAUUAAUCUGGAACUCCCCUCUCCACUUUAGAAUUUGAUUAUUUGAAUAGGUUACUUUUGCUUUGCAAAAAAGGAUUUGUUAAUGGAGUAGUAUACAUUGUUUUCAAGAGAUUUAUUUGGUAUAUAACAGGCACUCAAUAAAUAUGUAUUGCAUAAAUGAUUUCUUUUGAGCAACUGCUUGUUAGCAUUGUUCUAGUUACUUAAAUUAAUUUAGAACAAUAAAUAAAGUUCUCUAAUGUGUACGUUUUUGAAUUCAAGUUUCCCUCACUUAAGCCCAAAUUAGGAAGUUUUGUUGUACCUAAAAUCUAUUCAUUAUAGGGCACUAUCAUUAGAAUAUCCAGCUGUUCUUUCCAUUUUCUUAUUGCAACAGCGUAGUCCCCAAUCAGUUACUUGAGCAUACAUCUGCAAGUUCAGAAUACACUUAUAAAGUAUAGUUUACCAUUUAUUAUGGACUAAAAAAAAAUUCACGACUUCCAUAGUUUUUUGGGGGGGAGUAGAGAAUGUUUUCAACUUUUCCUGAUUUGGAAACAACAACCUCUGGGGCAUCUGGGUGGCUCAGUCAGUUAAGCAUCUGACUUCAGCUCAGGUCAUGAUUUCAUAGUUCGUGGCUUCCAGCCCCAUGUCAGGCUCUGUGCUGGCAACUGAGAGCCUGGAGCCUGCUUUGGAUUUUGUGUCUUCCUCUCUCUGUGUUCCUCCCCCACUUGUGCUCUCUCUCUCUCUCUC